CAGGAAGUAAAGUUCGGAUUUUGAGAUUCGACAUGUCACACUUGUGGGUCUCAAUUGAAAGUUUUAACAGAUAUUCACAAGGAACACUUCUUCUGUGAUUAAGAGUGACAACAGAAUAUAAGAAUAAUGUGAUCAGUAGCAUAAACUGAUGGAGAAUCCGUCCAAUACAUCAACCGCUUGUUAGCAAUUCAUUGAUUUCUGUGCAAAGAUGAUGGUGCCAUUCCUCCCUCUUCUGGUCAUCGCCAUGACGACUCUUCCUCCCUCUAUCAAUGGAAUAGUGCCACCCAAGACUCCAGUGUUAAGUGGAUUUGAACCUGCUGCGAUUGGAUCAAAUCGGGAACUGGUCUGUGAUGCUUCUCAACCUGAUGCUGGCACUAUCACAUACAAAUGGUACAAGUAUUCCAUUGCGAAUGGUGUUGAGAACUGGGAAUCUAAAGGACCAAUUGGUACAAGCCAGGAGUAUGUCUUUGGUCCAGUGACAGAGAAGAAAGUGUUCAACGGGAAUACUGAAGAGCCAGUCAGUGGGAAGUACUUAUGCCGAGCAUCAAAUUCUGCAGGAACAAUAGACAGUGAAUGGGAAGAUCUGUAUGUCUUCACGCCAUGUUCUCUGUAUAUUGUGAGUGUUUCACCACCAAAACCUGCCAUUGGAUCUACGUUCACUCUCAACUGUUACAUACCAAAUCCAAGUGGGAUUACUGUGAAUUGGUUAAAGAGGACUAAUGCUUCAUCUGCAGCCAUAGAUGUAGCAGUGGCAAACAGCAAGGGAUGUCAUACUCCAAGUAACCCACGCUACAGUUGGAGCAGUUGCAGUCCUCCAAGCGUCUCCUCUCCGACAAAGACCUUCAACCUCCAGGUCACCAAUGCUCAGGCUUCAGAUUCUGCAUACUGGAUUUGUAAGGAUAUUGGCCUCAGCUGUGACAGUAAUCCAGUCAAACCAGUUGUACAAGCACAUCCAGGCACACCUCAGAUCACUGGUUUCCCCUCUGGACCAGUUAUUGCAGGAACUCAGCUGAAUCUAAAGUGUGUUGCCUCACCACCAGGUGAUACCUAUGACUGGUACAAAGAUGAUACCAAAGUGACAACAUCCUUAAGCUAUGACUUCCAAGUUACAAAGGAAAGUGGUGGGGUCUACAAAUGUGACGCAAGGAAUGCAGAAGGGACUGCAACAAGCAGUGACAAGACGCUAGUGGUUUAUUAUAAGCCUGAUUCUGUUGUUGUCUCAUCUGAGAAGACCUCAUCAUAUGUUGGUGAGAAAGACAAGUUCACAUGCACAGUGUCUGGAGGCAACCCGACCCCCGCCGUGAAGCUCUACUUCAAGAGGUCAGGUGGUACACCAGUGGAGGUCAUCCAAGGCCAGGACAAGGUCAUGGCCAAAGAAGACAACCAGGCUGAGUACUACUGUGAGGCAAAAGUCACUGGAUAUCCUGCCUUUGAUAUGACUUCAAGCAGAAAGACAUAUAAUGUAACCUUUUCAAACACCAAGGUUUUCUUUCUGAACAACCCGACUGCUGCUGUCCAAGCGGGUCAAGUGAAGAAGUUCACAUGUGAGACAGAUGAGAGCAACCCUGUCACUGAUAUCAAAUGGUAUCAGCAUAUCAUAGGUUCAUCAUGGCGAGAUAUCACAACAGGGAUCUCCUCAUCAGAAGGGAACGGGGCAUACAGUGGCAAGAUCAGGAUUAGUGAGUGGUCUGUGACAGCAACCAAGGCAAUGAAUGGUGCAACAGUGAGGUGUACAUCAACUUACUCUCUGACUGGACAUGAUUUCACCACUAAUGCAGACACUACUUUGGAUGUGAAAUAUAAGCCUGAUUCUGUUGUGGUCUCAUCUGGGAAGACCUCAUCAUAUGUUGGUGAGAAAGACAAGUUCACAUGCACAGUGUCUGGAGGCAACCCAACACCCACCGUGAAGAUCUACUUCAAGAGGUCAGGUGGUGCACCAGUGGAGGUCACCCAAGGUCAGGACAAGGUAAUGGCCAAAGAAGAUAACCAGGCUGAGUACUACUGUGAGGCAAAUGUCACUGGAUAUCCUGCCUUGGAUAUGACAUCAAGUAGGAAGACAUAUACUGUAACCUUUGCAAACACCAAGGUUUCCUUUCUGAACAACCCGACUGCUGCUGUCAAAGUAGGGCAAGUGAAGAAGUUCACAUGUGAGACAGAUGAGAGUAACCCUGUCACUUAUAUCAAAUGGAUUCACAAAAAUGGUUCAUCAUGGCGAGAUAUCACAACAGGGAUCUCCUCAUCAGAAAGGAAUGGGGUGUAUGGUGAGAAGAUCAGGACUAGUGAGUGGUCUGUGACAGCAACCAAGGCAAUGAAUGGUGCAACAGUGAGGUGUACGUCAACUUACUCUCUGACUGGACAUAAUUUCACCACUAAUACAGACACUACUAUGUAUGUGAAAUUCCAUCCUUCUAAGAUAACAAUGACACAGAAGCCACUAACAUCAAUAAAUGAGGGAAAAUCAUUCAAUAUUGUGUGUGAGACGGACAGCGCCAACCCUGUUGCUAACAUCACAUUCCACAGGAAGCGAACAAAUGGAACCUUGGAGCAGCUGACAUCAGGGAUAACAUCUGAGGUCAGGGCUGCAGAGUACAACGGCAGGAUAAGGAAGAGUACACUGACUGUGACUGCUAAUAGGUCGGACCCCCAGGCUGUCUUCAAGUGUGAAGUGAAGGAAGGCUCAUUUCAAAUGGAACAAACGACUACAGUUAAUGUCUACUUUCCACCAACUGUCAAUUUAUCAUCCACAACUACCACUGUAAAAGAAGGUGAUAACUUGACCUUUACCUGUGAAGCCAAAGGCGGCUUUCCAACCAACUACACCUACAAGUGGUUCUACAAGGACAAGGAAAUACAUAAUGAAACCUCAAUGGAUUACAAGAUCACCAAUAUCACAUACACCCAGUUGGGGACAUACAGAUGCCGAGCUAUCAACUACUCCCCUGAUAACAAAGCUGAUGAUAGCCUGGAUGUUGAUGUUCUGUAUAAGGCGAAGUGGAACCCUAAACUUCCUGAAGUUUUUACUGUAGCGAGUAAAACCAACUCAUCAAUGGAGUUCAUUCUCCAUGUGAUUGCGAAUCCUUCACCUUCUAAUGUCACCUGGUUCUUCCCAAAUAUGACAACAAUCGGAGGAGCUUUUGUGGCGGCCAAAGUGAAUGACACAACAUACACUUUGAACAAGACGUCUGUAGCGGUUAAAGACUAUGGAAACUACAUAGUCAAUGUGACAAAUGCUAUUGGGAUUUCAACAUUUACUUUUGAACUAGAAAAAACUGCUGUACCAAAUGUCAGCUUAACAGUUGAGCGUAAGGACAACCAGGUGACCGUUUCAUGGACCAAACUCUUAAAGGAGUACACGAAGAUCCUAAUCAGGUUGUGCCCAAUAGAAGGAGGAAGUUGUUACUAUCAUGAUGUCCCCAACACAACAAGCCUCAAGAUUAGCUUCACGGUCAAUGAGGGCAACACUUACACAUAUUCUAUGAUAAUAUUUGAUGGAGAGGAUCAAGUGUUUGUUUCUUUACCAGUGAAGGUGCCAACGUCGCUCCCUAUUGGAGCAAUAGCUGGAGGUGUUGGAGGCACCAUCUUUUUCCUGAUUAUCAUCGCCAUUGUGUUGGCUUUGCUGUUCAUCCUUAAGAAGAGACGAGCAAAGAAAGAGACUGAAGUACUAAAGCCAUCGAACAACAACGGUGAUGUAAGCAUGGGGCAGGUCAAUCCAGGAUUCAGUGGUCUCGAUGCGGGGCAUAAUGACGUGAUUGAUGGGUUUAACCCGUAUGAAGAUUCGGUGGAAAUGAUAUCGCCUUCUUCCAGCGUUCAGAUUGAGGCCACAGGACGAGCAGAGUACACAGUUGUUGAUAAGAAGGGUGGCAAGAAACCUACCAUUGGUGAUGCGUAUGCGGAAGUGGACUUCACGAAGAAGAAAGGUGGCAAAAAGGGUAGUGCUCAACCUCCACCAGGACAAGCCUACGCUGAAGUUGACUUCUCCAAAAAAGCGAAGGGUAAAGGCAAAGGCAAGGCACCAGUGCCAACUGUUGACCCAGCAGGUGAUGAUGAUGCAACAGUGAGUAAGCCCAAGAAGCCUUCAAAACUACCCAAAGCUGGCAAAUCAGUCCCAGAUGACGCGGCAGUUUAUGCCAACGUUCCAAAUGGUGAUGACAGCACUGAGGAGAAUCUAUAUGAAGAUAUCCGCAAAGAGGAGCCAAAAGAGACAGGGUACAGACAGCCUAAAGAGGCAUACCAAGUCGGUGUUGACGGAACGAUUUACUCCCAGGUCCACAUCUCGCCGCCCAAAAACCCGGAUCUGAUACGAGGAAAGGAGACAAUCGAGGACCCCUACGCCAGCGUGGAUUUCACGUGCCAAGCUCCGACGCUGCCAGAGCCAGAAGAUCCAGAUGAUCCAAAUGAUCCAAGCUUCAUGAUGCUGCUUUAAGUUGUGCACAUUUCAGUUUGUGACCUGCUUUGUGAUAAUAAACGCUUGUCACAUAUGAAAAGAAAUAGAAAAAAUUUUGUUGUUUGCUUCCUCGUAAAUUAAUGUUUACGCCUGAUCUAUAUCAUGAAUGAAGAAGGCCUGUAUAGUAUAACAUUGUGAUAAUACUACAUUUGCAUGGAUUUUUCACACUGCAAUUCCAUCCAUGUACAUUUCAAGUUACAUUUUGUCUCCCUGAAAUUUAUAUUUAACAUGAUGUUUUUGGAUGAAUUUGGAAUCACCUUAGUUCGGCUGGACAUCACAUGAUAGACAUGAAUUGAAAUUAUGAUGACCUGUUAAGAGGUUUUAAUGCUUUUCUUCAAGGAAUUGUGGUGAUAUGUAGCAUUUUGCAUCUGGGGCCUCCAUUGUAUGAAUUUUAUUUGAUUGUAUGAUGCUUCAGUGAUAACUUAAAGUUGUUAUUUUUGCUUCUGAAAUAUGAAAGGAUGGGAUUGUGCAGUUUGUAGAUAUUUGUAUUCAGGAAGUAUUUGCAUCUGAGUGUAUUUCAUAUUUAUUCUUGAAAAACCUGUGCUGGGUCACAGGUAUGGGACACAAAGUGAUAAAAUUGUGAUGGCCACAGGUAGAUGGACAAAUACAUAUCUGUAUGAAAUGUAAUCAAUAUUCAUUGAGGCGCAUUAGGGUACCGUAGUGGUUAGAGUGCCAGAUUGAGAGAGCCUAGGACUGCUAUUCUGCCUUUCUGAUCCUUUUUUUCUUUUGACGAUUUCCAAGGUUAAGUAAUGAGCCUAAAGUGGUCUUAACCUGACAUUCUGGUUGUGGCUUUGGUUGUGUCCUUUAAACACGGCUUUGGGAUGAAUGGGGAUUGUUAUCAUUACUAUUACCCCCUCCGUGGAAGAAACUUGUUGGUUUUUUGUGCAAAAUUGACUUCUAGCAGGAACGUGACUAACAGUCUUUGACCACUGAAAAUUGUCUUUUAAAAUGCAAAUAGGGUUUGUACUUAAAAAUUCAUCUGACCAUAUACAAAUGAUUACAUGUAUAUAUUCAGGUGAUAACAGUUGUUAGAUUAUUUAGGUUGUUAUCAAUUCUUCUUAACUUUUUGAAAGUUGUUUGUAAUUAUUGAACUUUUUAUAUUUAUUCAAGAAUGGUGCUAUUUGUACACUAGGUUGCAAUAUUUUGAGAUGAAAUUUUGACAAGAAUCUUCACAUGAUAUGCUAGAUUUCUAUAAAUACAUUGAACUAGU